AUGAAAAUGGCAAGUUGCCUAGACUUCCUUCUCCUUGACCUCCUUGUCGGCCUCAUCUUCUUCCAGCUGCUUACCCCCUGCUCAGCUCAGUUUUCUGUGAUUGGACCCACUGUAACCAUUCUGGCCAUGGCGGGUGAAGAUGUUGAUCUGCCCUGUCAUCUGCCCCUGAAAGUGAGCAUGGAGACCAUGGAGCUGAUCUGGGUGAGAUCCAGCCUUAGCGAAGUAGUAUACCAGUAUGCAAAUGGGCAAGAAGUGGAAGACAAACAGAUGGCAGAGUAUCGAGGGAGAACUUCGCUUUUAAGAGAUGGCCUCGCUGAAGGAAAGGCUACUCUCCGAAUUAGUAAUGUCAGAGCCUCUGACAGUGGAAACUACCUGUGUUAUUUCCAAGAUGGCAACUUCUCUGAAAUAACCCUGGUGGAGCUGAAGCCCUGGUCUCUCUCCUCAAGUCUGGUCUCUAAGCCCCUCAUUGAAAUGAAGGGCCAGGAGGAUGGGGGCAUCUGGCUGGAGUGCACAUCUGUAGAGUGGUACCCAGAGCCCUGA